GCCCAUAACUGACGACCCGAUCCCUCUGUGCUCCGGUUGGUCUUAUUUACUCCAACGACGAACAACUUCAAAACAAACAAAUAUUAUGUGUCGCAAAAGGGAGCCCCCUUUUUACAGAUGCUACGGCUGCAUGAAAACAUUCUCAACACGUGGAACGGCCAAGCAAAGGGGACUCGCCAGCCUUCUACCCAUCUCCCUUAUUCAUACAUCAUCAUUGCUCACGCCCAAUAUAUUACUAUCUAAUCUCCCUCUGCUGAUUUAUUCUAUUUUUGUGUCGGAGAGAUCAUAACAAGAAUCAAUGGCGAAUCAAACAAGAACCCAUCAAGACAUAAUAGUCCGAGACAGUAGAAUUACCCUAGACAGAGACCAUCCGAAGACAGGGGCGCAGAUGGUGAAGGUAGCGACUGGUGUCGCAGCCGGUGGAUCCCUCCUAGUCCUCUCAGGCUUAACACUCGCCGGUACAGUGAUAGCAUUCGCUGUAGCCACUCCUCUGCUUAUUAUAUUUAGCCCUGUCUUGGUCCCAGCGGUGAUCACCGUGGUUCUCAUCAUCACUGGGUUCCUUGCCUCCGGUGGCUUUGGUAUAGCCGCCAUAACCGCCUUCUCUUGGCUCUACAGGCACAUGACGGGGUCAGGAUCGGAUCAGAAGAUAGAGAGUGCCCGAAUGAAGGUGGGAAGUAGAGGGUAUGAUACCAAGUAUGGGCAGCACAACAUUGGAGUCCAUCAGCAACACCAACAAGCAGCUUCUUAAAAUUAAUGUCAGAUAGAACUAUUUCCACACAAAUUGUCAUCCAUCGUUUGAUCUCUUUUCUUCGUUUUCUCAAUGCUUGUGUUGUAACGUAACGUGUAAUAAUAACAUGUGUGUAUGCUGUCAACAUUGUCAUCUUAGUAUUUUUUUUCUUUUUC